UACUUCAUAAGUAGCUUUUAUAUAUAAAGCCUCAAGCAUAUACAGUGUAAAUGCCUUUGUUUAAGUAAUCAUAGCAUUGCUGUUGUUCAGGAUUGAAAAAUGAAUUUAUUAGUAUUUAGUAUACUAAUAACUUAUAUACUGGAUAGCGUUUAUAGCGCACACAAUGGAUAUACUAAUGGAAUUGACACAACUACCAGUCAUCAUGGUGGAGGUGAAAGUCAGGAAAGUUCUGUAGAUGUUUAUGAUAAAUAUUCCAAUGGUAAAAUAUACAGUAAUGAGUACACGAGCGAUGAUUCCAGCAAGUACACUGACGGUAAAAUCUAUGAUAAAUAUGGUCAUGAAAAGGGAGACGAUAAACAUGCUUACGGCAAAAACCAUGGAAAAAGUUACGAUAAAUAUGCUUAUGACAAGUACGGGUAUGGUAAAUAUGGAUAUGAAAAAUAUAGUUACGACAAAUAUAGUUAUGGGAAAUACGGAUAUGACAAGUAUGGUUAUGAUAAAUAUGGUUAUGAAAAGGCUUACGACAAGCAUGGAUAUGACAAAUAUGGUAAGGAUAAAUAUGGUUAUGAGAAAGGUUACGACAAAUAUGUCUCUGAUAAAUAUGGUUAUGGGAAAAGCUACGACAAGUAUGGCUCUGACAAAAAUAGUUACGAGAAGGUUUACGACAAGUAUGGCUCUGACGAAAAUAGUUAUGAGAAGGGUUACGACAAAUAUGGCUAUGAUAAGUAUGGCUCUGACAAAUAUGGUUACGAGAAGGUCUACGACAAGUAUGCCUCUGACAAAAAUAGUUAUGAGAAGGGUUACGACAAAUAUGGCUAUGAUAAGUAUGGCUCUGACAAAUAUGGUUACGAGAAGGUCUACGACAAGUAUGCCUCUGACAAAAAUAGUUAUGAGAAGGGUUACGACAAGUACGGGUAUGACAAGUAUGGUUACGAGAAGGUUUACGACAAAUAUGGCUCCGACAAAAAUAGUUAUGAGAAGGGUUACGACAAAUAUGGUUACGAGAAGGUUUACGACAAGCAUGGCUCUGAUAAGUAUGGUUACGAGAAGGGUUACGACAAAUAUGGUUAUGACAAGUAUGGCUCUGACAAAUAUGGUUACGAGAAGGGUUACGACAAAUAUGGCUCUGACAAAAAUAAUUAUGAGAAGGGUUACGACAAAUAUGGCUCUGACAAAUAUGGUUACGAGAAGGUUCACGAAAAGCAUGGUUCUGAUAAAUACAGUUACGAGAAGGGUUACGACAAAUAUGGCUAUGACAAGUAUGGCUCUGACAAAUAUGGUUACGAGAAGGUCUACGACAAAUAUGGCUCUGACAAAUAUGGUUACGAGAAGGUUUACGACAAGUAUGGCUCUGAUAAAUAUGGUUAUGAGAAGGGUUACGACAAGUAUGGCUCUGACAAAUAUGGUUACGAGAAGUAUGGCCAUGAGAAACAUGGUAACGACAAAUACGGUUACGACAAGUACGGGUAUGACAAGUAUGGUUAUGGAAAAGAUUAUGAGAAAUACGGUUACACCAAAGAAUAUGGGAGCAAACUUCACGAUAUUGUAUUUUCUGUUUGUUCGAAAUAUGAAGAUCUCUAUAUUACCUCACCAUAAUACGAUAAAUCAUCAAAUAUCAUCGAGGAUUUUGAGUUUCUAAAGAAAAGCUUAUCACGAAGAUGUAUUCAAGUCAUUCUAGGGGUUCGGAAAGUAUUUCCCACUUUGUUUUUGUAAAAAAUGACACUAAGGGGAUGACAUUUUGAUGCAUGUGUUUAGGUUUAUUAGGUAAAAUGUUCAGAAGUACAAACUAUUUGAUUGGAUACAAGAUCCUCAAGGAAUUAAUCCUUUCAAUAGAGAUGAAAUAGAAACGAGAAGACAUUACCUGGUCUAUAUCCAUCACACAUCGAUUAUAAAGAUAAAUCCCAUUUAUAAAUACCAGAAAACAUUUUAUGGAUCUUAAAAUUAGUAUAUUAAUAGGGUUGUAUAUUGUAAUUACUACUACACAGAUUAUUGAAAUAUAAGAUAUCGGUGAUUGUCGAACAUAAGACUAUAACAUUGUCACCCACUUAGAAAAUGAAGUUCACUUAGAAAGACAGCUUCAUAGAAUAUUUCCGCUGCACAAUACUGCUGAAAAGUUGUUUAGUUUAUAUACCCAAUUAGUAUUCGUUGUUAAAGUAGUGAUGUCAAUUAUGUUAAAUGGAUACCCAAUAUAUUGGAAAGUAAUCGCCUCUAAAAGCAUGCGCAUCAUAGCUGAAAUUAAAACUAGAAGAUAAUAAACGGAUAUUAUGAACUGAGAGACCAGUCCCUUGUUUCAAUUGCUACACUUCGAGAACGUAUGGUGAGUAGAAAAACUGCUAACAAGAAAGGAAGUAUGAAAAGGAUAGUCA